CAAGUAACCGUGCGAGAGUUCGCCCUGCCGGAAAGCAGCACGCCCCCGCGGCAUUUUGCGACAUCAGUGGUGACAGGACUUAGGACUAUUCGGCUUGCUCUCCGAGAUAGCUGGGAGAAAGCCGACGCGAUGUUCGGUGCCGGGGACGAGGACGAUACUGACUUCCUGUCGCCCACCGGCGGGACCAGAUUGGCUUCUCUUUUUGGACUGGACCAGGCAGCUGCUGGCCAUGGCAAUGAAUUCUUCCAGUACACAGCUCCAAAACAGCCUAAGAAAGGCCAUGGAACAGCAACAGCAGGAAAUCAGGCAACACCAAAAACAGCCCCAUCCACCACCGGCACUUCCACACUCUUGGUUGCAACAGCAGUCCAUGCCUACCGAUACACUAAUGGUCAAUAUGUAAAGCAGGGCAAAUUUGGUGCUGCAGUCCUGGGAAACCACACAGCCAAAGAGUAUAAGAUUCUUCUUUAUAUCAGUCAGCAGCAGCCGGUUACUGUUGCUAGGAUUCAUCGGAACUUUGAGCUAAUGGUUCGGCCCAAUAACUACAGCACCUUUUAUGAUGACCAGAGACAAAACUGGUCCAUCAUGUUUGAGUCUGAAAAGAAUGCGGUGGAGUUCAAUAAACAGGUCUGCAUUGCCAAGUGCAACAGCACCCCUUCCUUGGAUGCAGUGCUCUCCCAGGACCUUGUUGUGGCAGAAGGCCCUGCCAUAGAAGUUGGAGAUUCUUUGGAAGUGGCCUACACUGGCUGGUUCUUCCAAAAUAAUGCAUUGGGCCAGGUUUUUGACUCUACUGCUAACAAAGAUAAGCUGCUUCGCCUAAAAUUGGGAUCAGGAAAAGUCAUCAAGGGCUGGGAAGAUGGAAUGCUGGGCAUGACAAAAGGAGGAAAGCGGCUGCUUUUCAUCCCCCCAGCCUGCGCAGCUGGCUCUGAAGGGGUGAUAGGCUGGACGCAAUCAAUGGACUCCAUCCUGGUGUUUGAGGUGGAGGUUAGGCGGGUGAAGUUUGCCAGAGAUUCCGGCUCUGAUGGGCACAGCAUUAGCUCCCGGGAUUCUGCAGCCCCUUCUCCCAUACCUGGUGUUGAUGGCCUCUCUGCUGACCCUGCUGUGUCGCUGCCCACAUCGGUGCCUUUCAAAUCAGGGGAGCCGGCUCUUCGUAGCAAAUCUAACUCCCUCAGUGAACAGCUGUCGAUAAAUACAAGUUCUGAUGCAGUCAAAGCCAAGCUGAUCUCCAGGAUGGCUAAAAUGGGCCAGCCCAUGCUGCCCAUCCUUCCACUGCAGCUGGAUUCCAAUGAUUCAGAAACUGAAGAUGCGAAUGCUUUGAGAGGACCUGGGCAGCCCGUGGUGACUCCAUCCAUCCAGCCUCCUCCUCAGCCAGCCCACCCAGUGUUACCACAGAUGACCUCUCAGGCACCCCAGUCAUCUGUUUCUGGGCUCCACGCACCCUCUGCUGCCUUAAUGCAAGUUGCAUCUCUUGAUUCCCACUCAGCUGUACCUGGAAAUGCCCAGUCCUUUCAGCCCUAUGCAGGUAUGCAGGCCUACGCCUAUCCCCCAGCAUCUGCCGUCACCUCGCAGCUGCAGCCUGUUCGGCCCUUGUACCCAGCACCGCUCUCACAGGCGCCCCAUUUUCAAGGAUCAGGUGACAUGGCUGCAUUUCUUAUGACAGAAGCCCGGCAACAUAACACUGAAAUUCGAAUGGCUGUCGGCAAAGUAGCUGAUAAAGUGGAUCAUCUCAUGACUAAGGUUGAGGAGUUACAGAAGCAUAAUGCUGGCAAUCCCGCGCUUAUUCCUAGCAUGUCAGUUACAAUGGAAACAAGCAUGAUUAUGGGCAACAUUCAACGGAUCAUUCAGGAAAAUGAAAGACUGAAGCAAGAGAUUCUUGAAAAGAGCAGUCGGAUAGAAGAACAGAAUGACAAGAUUAGUGAACUCAUUGAGCGAAAUCAGAGGUAUGUUGAGCAGAGUAACCUGAUGAUGGAGAAGAGGAACAACUCUCUUCAGACAGCCACAGAAAACACACAGGCAAGAGUAUUGCAUGCUGAGAAAGAGAAGGUAAAGUCUAUGUGCUCUCACAUCCUAGAGCUCCAAGAAACUUCGGAACAAGCACAGUGCAAAUUCAAAAGUGAAAAGCAGAGUCGGAGACAACUGGAACUCAAGGUGACGUCCUUGGAGGAGGAACUGACGGACCUUCGAGCUGAGAAGGAGUCUCUAGAAAAGAACCUCUCAGAAAGGAAGAAGAAGUCGGCCCAAGAGCGUUGUCAGGCGGAGGAGGAGAUAGAUGAAAUGCGCAAGUCGUACCAGGAGGAACUGGACAAACUCCGACAGCUCUUGAAAAAGGCUCGUGUGUCCACAGACCAGGCGGCUGCCGAGCAGCUGUCCGUAGUGCAGGCCGAGCUCCAGACCCAGUGGGAAGCAAAGUGUGAGCAUCUGCUGGCCUCAGCCAAGGAUGAGCACCUGCAGCAGUACCGGGAGGUGUGUGCACAGAGAGAUGCCAACCAACAGAAGCUGACACAGCUUCAGGAAAAGUGUCUGGCUCUCCAGGCCCAAGUCACAGCCCUCACAGAACAAAAGGAACAGCACAUAGAGGAACUGGCGGAGAAAAAGUCCCAGCUGUCUGGGGUUAAAGCUGCUGUCGACCCCUCAGAAAAGGUGAAGAAGAUCAUGAACCAGGUGUUCCAGUCUUUGCGGGGAGAGUUUGAGCUGGAGGAAUCUUACGAUGGCAGGACCAUCCUGGGGACCAUCAUGAAUACGAUCAAGAUGGUGACUCUUCAGCUGUUAAACGAACAAGAGCAAAAGAAGGGAGAGAGCAGCAGUGAGGAAGAAGAGAGAGAGGAGCUCCCGGCUCGGGGACCUUCCCAGGAGCAGCCAGUCUCAGCCGGUUCUGCCCUGUCUCAAGCACCCUUGAGUAGGGAGAAGCAGGAGGCUCCCGUGGUGCCAGCGGAGCAGGUGGCCCAGGAAGCUGCCCCGCUGCCUCCUCAGGCCCUUCCCACUGCCCAGGAUGAUGCUCAGAGAAGGCGAGCGGAGCUCUCAGAAGCAGAGGGGCUCUCGCAGAUGAAAGACGGCUCCCUUCCACCUGAACAGGCCUGCAUCGCAUCCCAAAGAGUCCUAGGGCCCCCAACUUCCAUCCCACCUAAGCCUCCAGGCCCCGUUAUUUUGGGCUCUGAGUGUGAGGAGACAGCUGCUGCGAGCCCGAUGGCAGCUGAACCUGACAGUGCAUUGGGAAAGGGCCACACUGGAGAAGUAGCCUCAGAUGGCCCCCUUCUAGAAAGCCCCCCAAGACCAUCCCUGACUGCAGACCCCGAAAAUGGGGACCCGCUGGCCUUAGAGCCUGAAAGCCCAGAAGACAGGCCGCAGCCUCCAGAUUGCAGUAAAGAAGAGGAUGUCACUAGCUCCACGGGUCUCUCUGAGGAGCCGUCAGGCACAGAGGCAGGUUCUGCAGGUGCGGGAGCAGCCCUCAGACCCAACUCUUGUUCUCGGCAUUCCAGUCUCUCUGGGGAUGAAGAGGAUGAACUGUUUAAAGGGGCAACACUGAAAGUUCCGAGACCCAAAGCACAGCCUGAGGAGGAGGACGAAGACGAGGUGAGCAUGAAGGGACGCCCGCCCCCAACACCCCUUUUUGGAGAUGACGAUGAUGAUGAUGACAUUGACUGGCUGGGAUGAAGACCCAGGAAACUGGUGCCAACGUUCCUCCACCCACGUUCCUCCUUCCCUAAGCAUGAUUUUGCACAGCCAGCCUUGGGUGUAGGCGAGCCACAGGGUGAGGUCAAGGUGAGCGUUCUGAGGACGAUAGUUCAAGUGUCUGAGCCCCCGCCUGGCCUCACGAAGAGCAGCGGCAUGACCCUGUCUUCAGAACUAGUGUUUUCAGCAGCUCGUGGGGGGCCUGCCUCCGAGCCCCAGCUGGACAAGGGCUGAUGGGUUCUCCUCCAGCCAAUCACCUACCAGAGUCCUGCCCCCUUCAAGCGUUUUCUUCUCUUCAGUAACUCUCAGAUGACCUGGGAGCCCUCCUCCAUCGGCCUCCCGCAGCUCAGCUGUGCCCUAGCAACAAGACCUGUCACCUGGGGGCAUGGCUUCCUGGGGGAGCCGAGGAGACGAUAUUCUCUCAGUCUCUGUUAACAUCCUUGGUGACAUCUUUGUCUACAGUCCUGGGACGUGUGUCUUUUCCUCUGCCUUAAAUCUGACACAAGGAGUCAGCGACUAUUUGAGACUAAUAAAACUAAAAUACAUGUCUGUACUGAAA